AUGGCGGCGGCCGGGCCGGAGCGGCCGCGCUUGUGGCAGGAGGCGGCGGCGCUGGCGGGCGCGGUGCGCGGCGCGCUGGGGCCGCGGGGCGGGCGGGCUCUGCUGCUGCGGCCCACGGGCGAGGCGAUGCCGACGCGGGACGGGCGGCGGCUGCUGGAGGCGCUGAGCGUGGAGCCGCCCGCGGCCAGGGUGAUGGCGGCCCGCGCCUGCAGCCACCGCGCCGCGACGGGGGACGGCGCCAAGAGCUUCGUGGUGCUGCUGGCGGCAGUGCUGGGCGGGCUGCGGGCGGCGGGCGGCGGCGCCGGGCUGCGGCGGGCGCUGCGAGAUUUCGAGGCGCAAGUGCUGGAGCGGGCGGCAGCGCGGGGGCUGCGGCGGCACCUGCGGCCGGCGCCGCCCGGGUCGCUGGAGCCGCUGCUGGAGCCGUACCUGGCCGGCCGGCUGGGCCCCGGCGAGCGGCGGCGCCUGGCGCGGCUCUGCGCCGAGAUGUGCCGGCGCUGCGCCCCGGCCGCCGCCACACGGCCGCAGGUGCUGCGGCUCCUCAGCCAGCGGUUCGCGGAGCUGCACGCCGCCGUGCCCGGCCUGCCCCUGGCGAGCUCCAGGGUCCUGCCCGGCAUCGUCCUCCGCAGGGACUUCGCUGCCUACUGCCCGACGGACGGGGAGCUGCGGGCCCUACUCGUCACCGAGCCCCUGCGGCCCGCCCUGAUGGCCCCCGGUGUGGAGUUCGUUGUAGACUCCGAAGGUCAGUACCAGGCUUCCCUGCGCUGGAUCGCUAAGAGGACAGAAGCCUUAAUGAAACACUUGCAGAGUAACAACGUUAAGCUGUUACUGUCCAGUGUGAAGCAAGAAGAUGUAGUUAUCUACUAUGCCAAGUUAUGUGGUGUGUCUGUGGUAGAGUGCUUAUCCUCGGAAGAAAUGGCCCUUAUCAGUGAAAUCACUGGUGUCUCCCCUUACGUGCCUUUUGGUGAUACCCUGGACAGAGAGAUAACCGAAACUGCAGUGGUAACCUUUUGCCGGCCCUUGCUGCUUGUCUCCAAGAGAUGUGUCCACGUUGGCUUCGCCAGUGUGUGUGCCUUCCAGCCCCACUGCCUGAUCCUGUGUGGGCCGGUCGAUGGCGUUAAUGAGCAACAUGCUGCUGCUCUGCAAGAGGCGUUCACAAUGCUGCAGCAGCUAUUCAAAACAGUCGAUCAGAGGGGGGAAUGGAAAGCGGAAGGUGAAAGCCAGAGUAAAGCCUCAGAUGUUUACACUUGGCAUUCUUCAGCAAUUCAGAAACAGCUGGUAAUAGAAAAUACUUGUAAUAUUAACCAGGUUUCUGAAUGUCAGCUGAAAGCACCUAGUGACGAAACAGAAAGGAAAAUUUUUGACCCUGAUAAAAGUGAUCUGCUGGUCCACAAUCAAAAGAACCACAGCACUCCUGUGUUAGUGGCACUUAACACUGAUACAGUCACUGCGUGUGAGUGCCUGGAUGUUGGCAAAGGUCUAGAGAAAACAUGUUGCCAUAUAGUUCCAUUUAAACAGGAGGAGAGUUGUGCAGAUGUUGCACAGGAUUACUCCAACUGCCUCAUAGAAGCAGGAUCAGUUUUGCCAGUAGGAGGUUACUUUGAAAUCCUGUUACAUUAUUAUAUUCAGGAUUAUGCAAAACAGUGUCAGCAGUCAGAGUUAACCAUUGUAUCUAACGUAGUUGCUGAUGCUUUGCUAAGUAUUCCCAAGGUUUUGUACCAGACAGAACGAGAUGGCUUUACCAAAUUCUAUCUUGAAGCCAUUAAUUUACUCAAAAAAAAUCAGCCACUGCCUGUAAACAAUGAAGGCUUAGAGUCGGUGUAUUGCAAAUACCAGUUAGUCAUUUCAGUUCUUCAUUGUCUUACAGAGCUUCUCUCCAUAGACUUAGUAAUUGGUAUUAGGCGGCCGCUCCAAAAAAUUCAGGAUCAUGACUCAGAAGAUGACACUUGAAAUAAUUAAUAAAGAAUGAUGUUUAUAUGUGUUGUUUCCUUGUGUCUUCUUGUCAAAUGGACACCCUCAAAAGUCCAUGCUAGAGACUAAAAGAUGCUUCUUCUCUAAGAAGAUUAAGGCUAACCAGCAGAGACUGUGGAAAACUGGGUUAUGAACAAUAUGACCUUGACAUUUUGAGCAUGAGGGAGUGUAGCCAUUUUCCACUGCAGAUGUGCAGUGCAGUCUCCAUCCACAUGCUGAGGAUUCUGUGUACAUUCAAGCCAAGGGUCAGCUUUCCCUCUUUUGGUGGAUUGAGUGUUUUCACAAGCUAGAUGUAAUUUCUUUUCUUGGCAUGUUUAAAGUUGCCAGUAUGACAGGAGCCACUGAACUUUCAAGUUACAAACCAAAGGGUAGAUUUUGUAGCCUUCAUAAUUAGCCAGAUUAAAUUUUUUUUAAAUAAAAGUAUUUUGUAUACAUCAUAAUUUUGACUAUAAAGGGAAAAAUCUAACUUGUUAGCCUCUUCCCAAUGAAGAAUUUUCUGAUAGGAGAUGCAGCAUUUUUAUCUUCCAUUGAGUUCAUUUCAGUUAAACUAGAAGAGUUAAGAAUAAUUUCAUACCAUGACUUUAUGGCAGCUUCUCUGGAAAAUUAGUUUAUAUGGCAUUGCUUAAUACAACUCUUUGUUUUAACUACAAUGGGUUGAGUUGUGGUCUUGGUAUAAAAGGCUAUGUAUUUACAGGAAAAAAAAUAAAGCAGUUCUGUUUGAAAAA